GUACUGGGCCACAACAAAGCCCUGAAGAAGAAGAAGAAGAGCAAAUCACCCCCGCCAUCGCCCUCCUAAGAUGUGAGGAAAAGGCUGCUCAGACUCUUCCUCGAGGCGCGUCCAGGCAGCGAGCUUGGUGAUGUCUUCUGGUAGGAAAUCCACAGUCAAGGGGUUAAGUCAUUCCAUUCACACACAACCCUAUUUGUCAACUGAGAAGAGGAUGAAUGUGAUGCGCAAGUGGUGGGGUUCAGGGUCCCGGGUGGGUGGGGUGCUUGAGGGCCUUGACCCCACCAGCCCCCCAGCAGCCCAGCAGCACCUCGCCCUUGGCCUCAUGCACCUCAAGAAGCUCUUCAGUGAGUACUCCAUCCCGCCACACCCUCUCUCGGAGCCGGAGAAGGAGGACAAGCUUUACAACAUGCUGCCACUUUUCUGCAAGGUUUUUGGUGCCAGCCCUUCCUCUGACCUCCAGGAAAAGUUUGGUGAAGUGAUCAUGUUCACCCAACAUGUGAGCAAGUUGAUGGUGACGGAGAUCCGGCGGCGGGCGUCCAACCAGUCAACGGAGGCCGCCUCGUGUGCCAUUGUGAGGUUCCUGGAGAUUGACAACUGUGAGGAGAGCAGCAACGGAUGGAUGCUGCUGUCCACCCUCAAUUUGCUGGCAGCGGGGCCUCCACAGCUCAUUGAGGUGAUGACGGCCGCGUCGCUCCCCUCCACGCUGGUGAAGUGCUUGUACCUCUUCUUUGAUCUACCAGAGUAUGAAAGCCCUGCUACUGAUGUGACUCCCCUCCAGACUGACAAGGAAUCCACAGACUUUUCUCCAAGUGAAAGACGAAUCCUCCUCCAGAAGGUUUUUGUUCAGGUACUGGUGAAGCUGUGCUCCCACACGGCCCCGGCUGAGGAGCUGGCCAGGAAGGACGACCUGACGCUGCUCUUCUCAGCCAUCACAUCCUGGUGCCCCCAGCACAAUGCCCUGUGGAGGAAGAGUGCCGCGGAGGUCCUCAUGACCCUCUCCAGGCACGGCCUCUCCCAGCCUGUGGUCAGCUACAUACACAACAAGGGGUGUGUGGGGCUCUGUGUGGAGAACAUGGAGCGAGGGCAGGACCUCUCACCCCUGGAGAUUGUGGAGAUGUUUGUGACAGUGUUCUGCUUCCUCAAGGACUCCUCGGAGGUCUCCCAAACCCUCCUGGACGACUUCAGGUCCUCUCAGGGUUAUGCUUUCCUCACUGAAUUUCUCCUGAGGUUGGAGGCAGACACGUCGGAUGAGAGCCGGGAAGCCCUCAGGAAUCUAGUGCUUCUUGUGUCCUCGCUCUCCUAUUGUGGCUAUGUGGAGCUGAAGCCUACUUCUGCCUCAGUGGGCUCCCUCUUCCACAUUCCCGGCUUCACCCUCCCUGUUCCCUCCGGCAGAGGUGCCAGUGUGAGGAAUGUGCAGGCCUUCAACGUGCUGCAGUUGGUGUUCCUGCGAGGCACCACUCCAAACCUUUGUUCUGUCAUCCUGGACGCCAUCUCGGCCGUCUACCAGUCGGACGCCGCCAACUACUUCAUCCUGGAGUCCCAGCACACCCUUUCAACCUUUGCCGAAAAGAUCCACGCCAAGCCCAAGGAGAUUCAGGAGAAGUACUUCCAGCUGCUUGAGUUUGUGGUGUUCCAGCUGAAGUUUGUGCCCUGCAAGGAACUGAUCUCCCUGUCCAUCCUGCUGAAGGCCCAGCACACACUGUCCUGCUCCAUCACCUGCAUGAACACCCUCCUCACCAUACUCAAACACAACGCAGUGUUCAAGGAUGUGUUCCGGGAGGUUGGGUUGCUGGAGGUGCUUGUGACGUGCCUCAGCAGGUACCACGAGCUGCUCAAGUCUCGCUCACAACAAGACACACAAGUUAAAGGGGAGGGCAGUGAGGAGGAGCAGCUGGGCUUCCUGGUGGUGGAGGCGCUCACCUUCCUCCUCUCAGGCAACAGCCAGAAUGCCGCAGUCUUCAGGGAGUCCGGGGGCGCCAAAUGUGCCAUCGCCCUCGUCCCAUUCCUGGAGUGCCGCCUCCAGGCUCUUGGAGUGAUGCAGCAGCUGGUCCUGGCGAGCGGCAGCGAUGACGACAUGGGUUCCCUGCUGGGCCUCCUACACUCGGCUCCGGCAACAGAACUGCAGCUCAAGAUUGACAUUCUUAAGUCGCUGCUCAUCUGCCUCAAAGAGUCUCACCGCACGAGGACGGUGUUCCGCAAGGUUGGAGGGUUCCUGUACGUGAUGAGUGCCCUGGUGGGUCUGGAGGGCAGCCUCGGCGAUGUGGUGCUGCCGCCCUGGACCACCAUCUCGUCUCGCCUCAUCCUCACGCUGCUCCUCAAUGUCUUCAACACGCUCACCACGGCCAUGCGCUACGAGCCCGCCAACGCCAAGUUCUUUCAUCAGGAGAUCUGCUACACAAGUUUCUGUGAUACCCUGCGCCUGUUGGGGUGCUUCCAGGCCGAGGCUCAGCUGCAGCAGCCUGGUGAGGAGGUGCUGUGUCUCCCCGCCAUCACAGGCAAGGCAGGGGAAGGCAUCCUCGUCUCCAAUGCCCUCGCUGAUGACAUCGACCUCAACACAUUCCACACCAUAUUCACCACGCCCAUCCUGGAAUAUGUGCCCCCGGCGGAGGUCCCCGUGUCGCUGGUGCGUGUGGUGCAGAUCCUCCAGCUGAUGUACCACAUGGCCCUGGACGCCUUCGACAAGGCCUCACCGCCCUCCUUCAGCCCGCCAGACGUGGGACUCGCAGGAAAGGACAACAAAGCGAUGGAUAUUUCCCCGAGCAACAAGCGUCCGGUAGCCGGCCUCAACCUUGGCCCCAUGCCGGCCGAGCCCGUCAUCGUGCACGCCGGGGUGAUCACCAGCCUGCUGCACCUGCUGCCCUCCAUCCAGCACCCUGCACACCCCCGCCUGGCCUGCCUCCUCCAGCUGUACACGGCACACCUCAUCAAGUCCCUGGUGAGGACGGAGCGUAACCAGCAGCUGAUGUGUGAGGUGGGCCUGGCCGGCGACCUGCUGUCCCGCUGCUCCCAGGCGCUGGUCAACGAGCGCCACCCCCUCCACCCCCCCCUACAGUACAUCUUUGAGAGGCUGGCAGCCCAGGCCAUCCACCCCAGGGACCUCAGGAUAUUCUUGCGUCUGGGCAACCCCCUCAACUGCCGGAGCCUGGACGAGGUGGACCUGGGCCAGGGCCAGGCCACUUACAACGGCCCGGUGCCCCUCACCCGCAUCAAGACGCUGGUCUCCAUGACAACGCCCAGGGACUUCAGUCUCCUCUGCAGGGUUGGUACUCUGGUGUAUCCCUCCUUUGUUGAGUUUGACAUGAGUGCCGAGGGAUUUGGCUGCCUCUUCCUGCCCUCCAUUGCACCCCAGAGCGCCAGUGGAGGCUCCGUGGUGGGCUCAGCGCUCUCCUCCACUGAACCCAACGUCAUUGGUGGCAUCGGCACAGGAGACAGGAUCUUCCCCCCCCAGACCGGCCUGACCUACAGUACCUGGGUGUGUGUUGAGAAGUACAGUGACCCGCGCACUGACCCCCACUGUGUCCGCAUGCUGACGCUGGUCCGCCAUGUGCCCGGCCGCGACCACCACCUGGUGUGCCUGUCGGUGGUCAUCUCAGCACGGGACAAGGCGCUCAUCGUCUCCACGCACGAGACAAACUUCCCCCAGCCGGGCCAGGGUGUGACUGAGUGGGAGCCUGACGUGGUGGGGGACUUUGGGUGCCGGACUUGGUGCCCGGACCUGCUGACGGAGGGCCAGUGGCAUCACGUCACCAUCUCGCUCAGCCGCUCAGUGCUCAAGAACUCCUCGCUCUGCAUCUACAUUGACGGGCAGCUGGUCACGCAAAAGAAGCUGCACUACAUCCUUCAGAACCCGGGAGGCGGGGCGGCCAACCUGACCAUUGCCUCCUCUGUGUACGCCUACAUUGGCACUCCUCCGGCUUACAGGAGGCACUCCAAGCUGGUGUGGAAGCAAGGCUGCUGCCACCUGGUGGAGGAGGUGCUGCAGCCACAAAUGGUUAAUCAGUUGUUCCAGCUUGGUCCUCACUACACUGGCAGUCUGCAGGCAGCACAAAUCCCUGGUGUGGACAGCCAGAUCAUGCAGGCCAUCUCUGUCGUCCCUGAGGAGAAGGUCAUCUUCGGCCUCAACGCCACAGCCAUCUCUCACCUCACUCUCAACAAGAUCAGGAAGAUGUACUCCAAGGUGGACAACAAGGCAAUAGCCAAGCAGCUGGGCAUGUCAUCCCACGAGAAUGCAACCCCCAUCCGCGUGGUGCACAACUCUGCCGGCCACCUGAGUGGUCCGUCGAGGUCCCUGGGCGGCGUGGUGAUUGGCUACCUUGGCGUGCGAGUGUUCUGCCCGCGCCCGGUGGCUGCCAUGCUGGACAACGUGGGAGGCUGCUCGGUCCUGCUGGGCCUGGUUGCCAUGUCCAAGGAUGUGGAGUCCCUGUACGCCUCGGUGAAGGCGCUCUCCUGCGUCAUCAAGACCAGCAAGACAGCCCAAGUUGAGAUGAACCAGAGCCUUGGGUACCAGACGCUGGCUCUGUUGCUGCACCGGAAAAAGUGUCUCCUCAACUCCCACAUCCUGCACCUGUGCAUGAGUCUUGCUGGCUCUGGGGAGGCCCGGGAGUCCUCUGCCAUCCCCAACACUCCAGCCUUCAACGACCUGCUCUGUGACCUGGAGGUGUGGUGUGAUGCGCCGGGGGAGCUGUGCCGCACGCUGAUGGAGCACCUCCUGGAGCUGUCGCGGGAGUCUGGGGAGCGCCACCACAACGUGCGCAAGAUGCGGUCACUGCACCUCGUCCAGCGUCUGCUGCGUCUGCUGUGGGAACAGUCUCAGGGGAAGGAGGCAAUCUCCACCUCCCCCUCCAACAACUCCUCCUCCGUCUCCAACACCUUCGCUUCUCUCAAUAGCAACAACAAUCACAACCCAGCCACAAGUGCUGCCUUGGCAGCCUCCAACAACCAGCCUUCACUCUCAUCUCAGACCACGUCGGUCAUUUUCACGCUGCUCAGCACCCUCCUGGCUAACAACCCUCACCCCCAGGACCUCCUCAGCUUUGGUCAGUUCAUCGUGUCAACGCUGCCUAUCGUCAGCAUAUCAGAAAAGCACAUUGAGCUGAAGACGUCCGGUGAGGAGAAUGGCGACACCUCCUGCCAGUCUGUGAGGAACAUUCUCCUGAGGAACAAGUGUCUUGAGAUUAUCCACUCCCUCCUCUACAACUCAAACAAAAACACAAUUCACCUCGGGUUCUGUGAGGAGGUGGUGAAGGUCUUGGGGCUGGACUGGGUUCUGCUCUUUGCCCAGGGUCACCUUCACCCCUCCACUGUACUCAUUGCCUUGCGCAUGCUUGUGGCGCUGCUCUCCAACGCCUCCAUCCUGCAGAAGUUCCGCGACGCCACGCAGAACGGUGGCUGGAUGACGGAUGCACACCAGGUCACCAGCAACAAGUCUGGACAGUUUCUAGGUUACUCGGUGGGGUCGGUGGUGCGCUCGCUGAGUGAAAUCCGCGAGGAGGCGUGGCACGUACCGGGCUUCCAGGUGUUGACAUGGCUCGUACCGCACCACAUUCACAUCCCACAAGUGUACUACCUCCUGUUGGCGCUUCUGCUUGGCCAACCCGUCAAGAAUGUGCAGAACAACACCAAGCUGGACCUGGACACCAUCUGGACCUUCGUGUUUGGUGUCCCGGCCAGCCAGUGUGCCACCACCAUCUCCGGCCGCGUGUCCCUGUGUCCCGAGGCAGCCAUUGCCAUCCUCACCAUGGUCCGGGCAAUGCUCAACCAGGAGGACAAGGGGAGGUGGCGCACUCGUAGCCGUGGCAGUGUGAAGGACCUCCCUGAGUGGCUGCAGAGUUACCCAGUCACUCUCAUCCAGUUCCUUCGGUUCCUCUACCAACAAAACGGUGACUUCCUGCCCGUGUUCCUCUCUGGGGACGUGUUGGGAGCCCUGGCCUCCUCCCUCUUCCCCUACACCACCUCCUCGGAGCCCCAGAGCCUCACUUCGCCGGAUGAUGACAAGUUCCAGGGUGGCCGGGACAUGGUGGUGCGCGGGGAGAGUGACGGGACACUCACCAACCACCCGGCCAAGCAGCAGGUGGUGGACUUCCUCAAGAACCUGGUGGUGGACUCCCUGUCGCUGCCGCCAGCCAGCAAGACGCCGCACACCAUUGACCUGCUGCUGGAGGCCACCCCGGAGAACAGCAGCGAGGCGCAGGUGUGUGAGUUCCAGACACAGCUCCUGGGCACCCUCAUGGAGCACCUGCUGGACGCUGACAUUCUCAUUGGGGAGGGAGCGGCCUUGCCUGUGGUGGCUGGCGGCUCCAUCCAGCACAUCGCUCCCAACGUGUUUUACUUGGCGGCCAGAAUUGUGGACAAGCUGUGGGCAGGCAUGUUCAACAAGGAUCCACACGAGGUGUUUGACUUCAUCAUCAAGCUCAUCUCCCAGGCCAAGCGCAGAGCCUCGGGCAUCAACCUGGAAUCCAUCUACCACUGCCUCAACCGCACCAUCCUCUACCUCCUCUCCCGCCCUACAGACUCCAUCGCUGCCCAGAUGUCCAUAUUAGAGGCACUGCAUAAACUCACCACGCACAGGACCGUUGUGUUCGGCGCCGGCAACCAUGAGCCUGAGUUUGUUGCCUGCCUCACCUACUGCCUCCUGCAGCUGACGGCAGACCUCAAAAUUAACACCGAGGUAACAAGUCGCUCCACAUGGCACGUCAACCCGGUGGUGGAGGGCACCGGGGUCGGGGCCGAGCCAUGGGACAGCAGGCCAGACGGCGGUGCAGGGAAGGAGGGCAGCGUGCGUGACUUUGCCGAGGCCACGGCCACCCAGAGCCACAACCUGAUGAUAACGGCUGCCACCAGGGUCUGGGAGGAGCUCUACAUAACCAAAAAACCUGCCAUUGAAGAGGUCUACAAAGUGUCCCUGAGUGCGGGCAGCGGCAAGGCCCCGGAGCUGGCCAGUGUCAGGGACUUGGUGAACGAGGCCUCGCAGCGCCUCUGGCUGGCUUUCCUGGAAGGGGAGAAGAAGCAGUACUCUCGCCUCUCCUGGGAGAUCCCCACACAGAUUCAGAGUGUCACCAAUAAGCUUCAGAAGGUGACUGGAGGCUUGACGAGGCUGGCUUCACGCACCAAAGGCCGCCGGGAGGACAGCAUCGUGACGCGGAAGGUCACCAUGCCCAUGGCCGACGUCCAGAUGGCCACCUUCACCCACAUCUCCAUCAUUGGUGACCUCAUUGACCUGCAGUACAGGCAGCACCUGCAGAAAACGAAACACAUGACCAGCUACGUGUGGGAGUCCUGGCAGCGGUGUGAGCGGGAAUUGACGCGAGAGCGUGGGCUGUGGGGCCCCAUGAAAGGCUCACACCUGGACAAAUGGAUCCUGGAUGCCACAGAGGGUCCCUGCAGGAUGAGGAAGAAGAUGGUGCACAACAGACUCUUCUACAAGCACUACCCUUACAAGCAACACAUAGAGAACCCUGAAUGUAGACAACUUAAGUACAAAGUAGCCACGAGUUUUGACAGCAAGGAGCACGCGGAGAAGCGCCGGCCCGAGGGGCUGUCCGACGCUGACAUGUGGGAGAAGGAGCCGGUGAUAGAGGAGGAAACCACUACCCUGGAUGCCACUGACAGCUUUGCCGGCCGGGAGGUUGGUGACAUCGACAUGAAGGGGCUGCAGGGUGCCAUAGUGAAGACCGGUGGACGGCCGGCCUCCGAUAUUGAGGACGACAAUGACUCCCUGGACAUUGGAGAGAUGGUUGGCCAGGACACCUCGGCCCCGACAGACGACUCACAGAACCCAGACAACCAGACCCUCCUCAGGCUCCUGGACUAUGGGGAAAAGAUCAGCCAUAUGUUCCGCUGCGCCAGAAUACAGGGCCUGGACACCAUAGAGGGCCUUCUGCUCUUUGGCCGAGAGCACUUCUACAUAGUGGAUGGGUUCACUUUGCUCAAGAGUCGGGAGAUCCGGGACAUCGCCUCGCUGCCGGAGGGUUCCCACGAGCCCAUCGUGCCCUCCACCAGUCCCCUCGCCGGCCAGGAGCAACACGCCUGCUCAAAGUUCCACUACGACGAAAUCCGCGAGGUUCAUCAGAGGAGGUACCUCCUACAACCCAUUGCCUUGGAGAUAUUUUCAUCCGACGGGAGGAACUACUUGCUGGCGCUGCCUCGCAAACUGCGCAAUAAAACAUAUCAAAGGUUGCUGAUGGUGUGCACCGGCCUGGCCGACAACGCCCAGCAGUCUGUGGAGGGCCAGCGACGGUCAGCCAGCGUGGAGCAGGCGGGCGGCCUCUUCUCCUCCAUCAUCGGGGAGACCUCCGUCACACACCGCUGGGUGCGUGGUGAGAUCAGCAACUUCCAGUACCUGAUGCACCUCAACACCCUGGCUGGACGCUCCUACAAUGACCUCAUGCAGUACCCCAUCUUCCCCUGGGUGCUGGCGGACUACACCUCCGAGGAGCUGGACCUUACCUCCGCAGCCACCUUCCGAGACCUCUCCAAACCCAUGGGGGCGCAGACCCCCGACAGGCUGGAGCAGUUUGCCAAGAGGUACCGAGAGUGGGAUGACCCUUCCGGGGAGACGCCGCCCUACCACUACGGCACCCACUACUCCUCGGCCAUGAUCGUGUCCUCCUACCUGGUGCGCAUGGAGCCCUUCACCCAACACUUCCUCCGCCUGCAGGGCGGACACUUUGACCUGGCCGACCGGAUGUUCCACAGCAUGAAGGAGGCCUGGCACUCAGCCUCCCGCAACAACAUGGCUGACGUGAAGGAGCUCAUCCCAGAGUUCUUCUAUCUGCCAGAAUUCUUUGUCAACUCCAACAAGUUUGACUUAGGGUGCAAACAGAGUGGCAAGCAGCUGGACGACGUGGUGUUGCCGCCGUGGGCCAAAGGGGACGCCCGGGAGUUCAUUCGGCUGCACCGCAUGGCCCUGGAGUGUGACUACGUGUCGGCACACCUCCAUGAGUGGAUCGACCUCAUCUUUGGCUACAAGCAGCUGGGCCAGCCGGCGGUGGAGGCGGUGAACGUCUUCCACCACCUCUUCUAUGAGGGCAAUGUGGACAUUUACAACAUUGACGAUCCCCUGAAGAAAAACGCAACCAUCGGCUUCAUCAACAACUUUGGUCAGAUCCCCAAGCAGCUGUUCCGCAAGCCCCACCCCUGCAAGAAGCUGUCUGGCCAGCGCACGUCCAUCAUAGAUGCCGGGCCACUCUCCCAGGCCCCCACCGUCACCCCCAUAGAGAAGGUGUUCUACCAAAACCUGGACAACCUGCGGCCCUCCAUGCAUGCCAUCAAAGAGGUGAAGGGCGCCGUGGGCCAGAUCAUUGCUCAGGACAAACUGGUUCUGGCCGUGGAGCAAAACAAGACUCUCAUUCCUCCUACCUACCAGCGCUUCCUGGCCUGGGGCUUUGCUGACCAGAGCCUGCGCAUUGGUGGCUACGAGAGUGAGCGAGCCGUGCUGGUGAGUGAGACGCCACAGAACGGGGAGAUUCUUGCCGCUGUCUGUCCCAACAACAAGACCAUCAUCACGGCUGGCACCUCCACUGUGAUCAAUGUUUAUGAGGUGAUCAAGAGGCAGCUGGUCCAGAAGAAGUCCCUCUACGGCCACUCUGACGGCAUCACCUGCCUGGCCGCCUGCAGCGCCUACGGCUUGCUGGUCUCCGGCUCUCGGGACCGCUCGGCCAUCAUCUGGGACUUGGCUCGCCUGGCCUACGUCCGCCAGCUGGCCCCCCACCAGGCACCCGUUGCUGCCGUGUCCAUCAAUGAGCAGACAGGGGACAUUGCCACCUGUGCCGGCACCUGGCUGCACGUGUGGAGCAUCAAUGGCGCUCCCGUGGCCACCGUCAACACUGCCCUGGGUGCCCACUCCCCCCAGCAGCAGAUUCUGUGCGUGUCCUUCUCCACCAUGUAUGAGUGGGACCCAAGCAACGUGAUCAUGACGGGCUCCUCCGACGGUGUGGUCAGGAUGUGGGGCAUUGAGUAUGUGCAGGUGCCCACCAACGAGUCUCCUGCCCAUACUGCCACCGCAGAUACAGCUGCUGAGGCUGACAGCACCGCCCUCUACAAGAAGGACAACACAGCAGGAGGAGGUGGCCAGGGGACCAAGGGCCUGCGGUCUCCCAGCGGCCCGUCCCCCACACACAGCCUCCAGCCGGGCCGCCUCAGCAGGGCCCACGACGUGGUGCGCCGCCUCUCCACGGUGGAGGACUUCCCGCAGGCCCUGCUGUCCAAGAGUGUGAGUGAGAGCAGCCUGUCGGAGGAGGGGGAGAGUGACCUGGAGGACAAUGAGAAGCACGAGGACACAGAGGAGGACACCAGCACGGUGGACCUGGCCUCCUACACUGUGAUCUCCUCCCAGGCCAAGGUGCUGGCUGGCCAGGAGGAGGAGGAGGCUGCUGCAGGCCAGGAAACGCUGAGCAAGACUGAAAAGGAAAAGCGUCCGCUGCACAGACAGGUGGCCAUGUCCGUGUCCAGCGCCAGCACCCACAGCAUGGACUCCCAGACCAAGUCCCUGGAGGCCCAGGAUGACAUAGUGCUCAGGAGGAGCUCCCACUACCCCCAGGGAGUGUCCCGAGCCAUCAGCACCAUUGAGAGGGUUGCCUCGCACACCCACGAUCACCGCCUGCAGACCAGCAAGAGCGAGACCAGCCUGGCCGACAGUGACACCUUCGUGCUCAUCUCGGACUCUGAGGUGCAGGAGGCCCAGAAGCAGCAGGUCAAGCCUCAGGACGCAAAGAAGAAGAUCCCGAAGAACCCACUCAUGCCAGGCAUGAAGUGGGUGUGCCAGCUGGUGUUCCGCAGCAAGCUCACCAUGCACACCGCCUACGACCGCCGGGACAACACUGAGCCAGCCUCCGUCACCGCCCUCACCAUCUCCAAAGACCACCGGACUGUGCUGGUUGGCGACGCAAGGGGCAGAGUGUUCUCGUGGAGCGUGCCGGACCAGCCAGGCCGAGCCGUGGCGGACCACUGGGUCAGGGACGACGGCAGUGACACUUGUGCCAAUUGUCAGGUCAAAUUUAGCAUCUACGAGAGACGCCACCAUUGUCGCAACUGUGGGCACCUUUUCUGCUCAAAAUGCAGUAGAUUUGAGUCAGAGAUUUCCCGCCUGAGGAUUCUGAAGCCUGUGCGAGUGUGCCAGAAGUGCUACACCACCCUGAGGCACGACAAGUGAGGCGGCCCAGACCAGCACUGUCAGCAGGGGAGGCGGCAGGAAGGACUGUGCAGGGGUUUGGUUCUCAGUAAUGCUGUUUGAUGUGCCAGAGUGUAGGAAUGAGUGGCAUUGUGAAUGCUAGUGGUAUGUAUAGUUUAAUUUUAUGUUACUUAAGUUUUAUGUUCGUACAUCGGUGUACAUUGUUAUCUGUUAACUGAGUUAACAGGUUUGAAUUAUUUCCAUUAGCCCCUUGGCUGGGCUCCUUUUGCUGCCAUGAAUCAUGGCAGGGAAGGUGUUGGCACGCUCCCAACGCUCCACUCAAGCAGACCAACACAUGGAUCUGAACGGGAUCUGAUAACGCCCACACUCGCUGCCAGACAACCCUCCCCCCCGUCCCUGCCUCCCUCACCCCCUGUCCAGGGUAACACAGACUCCAAUACCAGCCAAACUUUAUUCAAGUGACAGUUUUUAUGGUUUAUGUAGUAUAUUUGUCAUGGUGGAGGAGAUAAUCUGAGUGAGUGAGCCUUGCCCCAGGAGGAGGCUGUGGCUGGGGGCAGCGGGUUGCCUGGCAGCGGGCACAGCGCCAAACACUGUGUUCUGAAAUGAUCUUGUGGUGAGUCGCUGCCCUCACAAGGCUGCUCACCCUCAACUUCUUUAUUUAUUAAGACGGCCGCUGCCCCACCGGGGGGCAAGCUGGGCUGGAACAGAAGGAGUUUUAAAGCUUGAUGUAAAUGUUUCAACUUAUUUUAUUACUAUAUAAUUUUAACACUCCAUUUUUAAUUUAGGGAUUUAGUUAUUUGAGAUGAAGAUACAGUAAACCUUUUACUUAACAAUCUUCUUAUUAAUAUAUAUUCGAUUUUAUAAUAAUAUAAACCUAAUGAAAGUACAUGACCAUAAACUAUUAUAUAUAUAUAUAUAUAUAUAUAUAUAUAUAUAUAUAUAUAUAUAUAUAUAUAUAUAUAUAUAUAUAUAUAUAUAUAUAUAUAUAUAUAUAUAUAUAUAUAUAUAUAUAUAUAUAUAUACAAAGUUUUUUUUUGAAUGAGUACCUUGUAGGUGUUAAUGGUUCUGCCCUAGUGGACUGUUGAGUAGGUGAGGCUGUGUUGGCAGCAUUUUGUGUGUUGAGUGGAGGGUUUACUGUAGCCAUGGCCGUGACUAAGCCAAGGGAGACACAGCAGGUGUUUACUGUGGCCAUGAUGUCCUCAGCACUGGGCCGGCUCUCACCAAGGGAGACACAGCAGGUGUUUACUGUGGCCAUGAUGUCCUCAGCACUGGGCCGGCUCUCACCAAGGGAGACACAGCAGGUGUUUACUCAGGGUUUUCAAAUGACUUUACAGCCUUUGUGGAAAUUUGUCAUUCCUAUAAGUUGUUAGGACAUGUGGAAUGUGUUUGGUGGAGUGAAGGGUGUUGAGUUAUGUAACUGAAGGUUCCUGAACCAUUCAGCAUUUACAUAACAUAAUCAUGUUUUGCAAGGGGCCUCUUCUGGCACGGCCACACCAGGCCACAGUCAAGAGUGAUUCUGGCUGGCCUUCACAUUCCAAGGCCCCUUAGCUCAUGUCCUGCACCAAGCACACCUUUGCUACUCCUGUAAGAGUCACUCUCAUGUUAAAAUUGACCCUCUAGACAUUGCCCAAAGAAACUGCGAAAAAGUUGACUCCACGAGUGUGUCCAGUAUGUUGUCUUCUCCUGACACCAACACUGUGUAGCAGCUCAGUGUGAUAAAGCUGGAAAACCAGGGCAGUCUGUGGACAACAAUUACUGUACACACUUGUGGAAAAGUCAAGCCCAUGGAAAGGUCUUCCCCUGAGGCUGUCAUGUGUUCAACCCUGGAGGAAGGAACCCCAUGGAAAAGUAGUAGCAGUGGUAGUAGUAAUAGUAGUAGUAGCAGUAACAGUAGUAGUAGUAGUAGUAGGAAGAGGAGGAGGAGAGGUAGUAAUAGUAGGUAGUAGGUAGCAAUACCCUCUAAAACUAGCAUCUCUCUGGACACUGAUGCCCCAAGGUUGGCAUUCAAGAUACUGUUACCAAAACCGUUGCUCUUACAGGAUUAUGCAGGUGGCCACAGCCUCAUGGGUUGUGUUUCACGUGUUGGCAACGUAGGAUAGUUUUGAGUCAUUUAUCACACACACACACACACACACAAGCUUAUGCCACUCAGGUCCUGUAUUGUGCACGAGUUGACAUCCUGGUGGUGCUUGGAGGACUUCUGGGUUGCAGUGAUGAAGGCAAAGGUUUCAUUGUACCUGCCAGUAUAUCCUGCAGGUGAUGUUAGAACAGCUUGUGAGUUACAGUGGUCAAGGCACAGAACUUCCUCUGCCUAUAAAGAGCAGAGUCAGUGGCUGUAGAUAAAUUUACGGUCUGACAGGUCUGCUUGGACUGUAUCAAGAAUAAGUUCAAGCCACAGGUAACUUCACAAAAGAUUAGUGUGUAGAUACUGGAAUAAUAUUUAGUUUGUAAAAUAAAAUCAAGAAUAGCUGUCACUCAGUACUGUGGUGAAAGGCAGGUUGGGCCAGGCAUCCGUUUUUUGCUGUGGUUCCCGUCAGCAUGGCAUCCGUGUGCACCUCCGCGUCACUGCCUUCACUGUGUAGCAAAUGUGUUGUUGAGCUCAGCACCUGGACUUUGAGGGCUAGGCAGUGUUAUGGGAGAGGUGUUGUGAUCACUGCCCCAGCCAUAGCACCACCGUGGCAGCAUCACUGGACUCUUUCCUUCUCUUAUUUCCCGCUGAUGUACACAGAUGCAGACGUGAAUCACAGGAGAAUGAAUGUCUGGCCCUGUACAGCUUUUCCAUCUUGAGCUGACAAGUGAGUGCAGGCUGUGUUUCAGACUCUUGCCACCACACUGAUUUCUACACUUGCCUCAAACAAGGAAGCAAUCACUUAUUAAUUGUACAUUAUUAUGGAUAGAUAUCUACUAGUCCUACUUACCAAUAAUACUCACAAAGAGAGAGAGAGAGAGAGAGAGAGAGAGAGAGAGAGAGAGAGAGAGAGAGAGAGAGAGAGAGAGAUGUAAAUGUCUGUAAUUCACUCUCUUAAGUUGUAUGAGCCCCAGGUAUUGGAAGCUUUUAAGGAAAUUGUCCCAUUCUUAAAGAGCCAGAAUCUUUGACCUUCCCCCCUAGUCCUCCCAAGCCAGCAGGCAGUGUUGUAAGGCUUGGGAGCACCCAGUGGGAAGCAUAGCCUGGCCGGGCACGAGCCUCUCAGCCGGGUGACCCACUGGGUGUAAGGCACGAGGGUGAGAGAGGGGAAAAUUGCAUGCAUACAGAACCCUCUGUUUGAGUCACAGACAGAACUUUGACUUAUUUUUUAUUUUUUCAUUUUAUUUAUUUAUAUAUUUUUAUGAAACCUGUAAUAUCAGUAGGCUGUCUUGGUGCAGGCAAGUGUUUAUAGUGGCACAUCUUUUCUUCGAUGUUGCUGUAUGUUGAACAGAAGCCACACAAGCAGGUCAUAGGAUUUAUUAUAAUAUUUAUGAUAUGCAAAUGUUGUGCCAUAUUAUUUUAUUUUUAAGUUAUUAAGCUCUUGUUUGACCUGAGAGCGAGUGAGUGAGUGUGCGGGCGUUCGUGCGUGCAUGCGUGUACUGGAAAUGAACACUCUAAGGAACAUCUGUUAAAGCUGCAAGGUUGACAGAGACAAAAUUAUAAACUACCCGAGCUGUAGAAGAACGUGCGUGAGAGCAGUGGGAGUGACAUACUGAGAAACAUGUGAGGGGUGCAAGGCAGGGGGCGAACACACUGUAAACCGUAGGAGUGGAAUGCUUUAGUCAUGCGGGGAAGAAGGUGUGCUGAGGGGAUGCGCUCACACUGAGAGAUGGAGGGAGGAGAGUGCAAGCUAGACAGGAGGACAUGCGACAAACUGCCAGAGAGGGAGGUGGUGUAGGGAAAAAGAAAUAUGGGAAAGUGAACUGAAGUGAACUGUGGUCAUAUCAUUGGAGGGGAGUAGGAAUGGCGAAAGGAAUUUAUCCCAGGCCAUAUCUAGAGUGAGGGGGAAAAGGGCUGCAUGAGGAGAGUGUGGCCAUGUGCUCCUCAGACACCUUGCCCCUGUGUGUAUGUGUGUGUGUGUGUGUGUCCUUGUAUUCUCCUCCUCACUUCACUGUUGCUGUCUAUUGUUUUCCACGUCCAUGUCUGCUCAUUGAGGGGGCUCAGUUUGGGUCUGUGGCAACUUUUUAUUUUCCCUGGAUGCACUUUCAUGAAUCUCAAUAAUGAUGAUGAUAAUAAUAGUAAUAAUAAUAAUGGUCAUUGCCUCAUACCCAGUGGUGCCGCCCGCCCUGAGUGCCCUGCCAUUAGUGUUGCGGCGGGCGUGGUGGCCAGGAGGCAGUGAGCAUGAGCAGCAUAAAGCAAGGUGGCACAUGAGGAGCAGGUGGCCAAGCCCUCCUCUGCAUGAAGGGAGGGAGGGAUGGGAUGAGUCACCUCCUCAUAAUAAUACUUGGUCUGGGAAGGAGGGCGUUCGGUGUCAUUUGAUCCUGAACUGCUUGAAAGGUUUACCAGUCUCGUGCUCAUUGCUUCUGGUGACCCCCAAAUUAAUGUCUAGAUAUGACCCUGAGUCUUUGAGCGGUGAAGUUGGCAACAGGGGUGGACCAGGGUGAGCCAGGACGUAGCUAGGCAUGGUGAAAGGCAGUGGGUGAGCCGGGACAGACACGGUGAAAGGCAGUGGGUGAGCCAGGACGUAGACGGACAGUGACAGGCAGUGGGUGUGUGCACAUGGGAUGCAGAGAACAAGAUGUGGCUUCAAUUGUGUAGCAAAAUGAAUAUCGAGAGUCAUCCUUGAGAAAAAAAUUAGUGGGCAAACAAGAAUAGAGAAAAAUGGAGAAAACUUACCUGAUGGCCCACACAACAGUCAGAGGUAAUAUUGCACCUGGGGACACUGUUCUCAUGGGGCACCUCACAGCCAGGGGUAAUAUUGCACCUGGGGGGUGGUAGCUUAGUGCACCUCACAGCCAGGGGUAAUAGUUCACCUGGUUCCUUGAUCUAUUUGUUUCCCUCUCAGUGGCCGACAGUUUGGUUCUUGUAAACCUUUGGUGUUUGCCUCAUGAAGGGACUAAACACUAAGAAGCUAAUGCAUUGUAAGGUGUCACAUCUCUCAGGAUAAUGAAACGGUUUGUGGAGACGGAAAAUACAGUGGAUCCUUGACUUUUCAGACUAUUGAGGGGGGAGUGAGUGCUUGGCUGACCCUUGGAAGCUGGGGUCUGUCAAAGUGAGGCUCUGCUGUAUAGUCCUGUCUUCUGCUCGGUGAUUAUCAGAGUAAGUGAAGCGUCUCGUACUAUUGAGCCUUGGGUUACCGUCAUCCCUGCCUACUUUGUUCUGCGCAUGUUCCAUCAACUCUGCUGUUUGAGUGGCCUGAGUCAGAGACAAUGGUUAGUGGUAAUGGGGCGGGACACUACUUACCAAGGCCGGGUAGAAUAGUGCGCUGCCAUCAGUUCACGACAGAUCGUGUCAGCGUCGAGAUUCAUGUAGGGGCUCUUGUUUACAUUCGACAUGACUGCUAGCCCUGCUGUUGGUCUCAAGCAAAAAUCUGAUUCUGAUUUAUGAAAUGUUGAUAAGCGUUAUGACUUAGAGACUAAUCCAACUCGACCAACGUAGGAACAGAACUUGUUUGUAACCCCGGGACUGCCUAGCACAGCACCCCUGAGGAAAGCUGACCUGACCUCACUCACACUUUCCCUUCAAAGAGGUGGCUCAGCCCUGGUCUGAAGUAUUGACAGGCAGGAUUAUUAUUGAAGCUGUGUUCUUAAUAUUAAGUUUCCACACUGGCCAUUAAGCACCAGCCGUUUCGCUAACUAGCUUUGAUGUUAAUCCUUGGUAAUAGUAGAGCUUGCUGUAGCCAUAAUCAUCAAAUCUGCUGAGGUCUUAGUGAGAUGGAUAGCGCUCCUUGCCUGUCUGUCCCUAGCUUGUGAAUAUUGUUGUUAGAAGCAGACUUAAGAUGAUUAUGGGGACAAGGUACUUGUAAGCCCACAACUCGCAUCACGUUACUUGUUAACAACCUCAUGUAUGAAGAAGUGCAAAUAAUGGGUCUAGAAAUCCCUCACUCUUGUGUAAAGACUAGACAGUGUUACUUCAUCUUGCUCCUCGGCACAAAGGUUACAUGUAAAGACAUUUGUUUUGUCAAUCUUUUCAUUCAUAUUUGCAUGUGCUCUUGAGGAGGAAGUGACAGAGGCACCGGGGUGGCCACAGAUCAAGGCCUGACUGGUAGGGGGCAAGUGUGUGUGUGUGUGCGUGUGUGUGUGUGUGUGUGUGUGUGUGUGUGUGUGUGUGUGUGUGUGUGUGUGUACACCCAAGUUGCCCUGUUACAGCCAAGUUUAACAGUCACAAACGAGUAGGGCCGGCCGGCUCUAGCCACCAGCAAUGCAACCACCACCGUGUGGGCAUUGUCUGUAGGGGCCUGGACAUAGUCAUUAUCUCAUGUACAUACAGGAGGGCUGCACUAAGGAGCCCAAAACAGGUCUGCUCUGGGAGCCCAUGAAGACAGAGUCGGCACUGCAGACGAGGCUCAUCUCUCAAGAGGCUGGCUUAACAAUACCUCCACUGUUCCAGCAUCACCGUCAACAACGCUGCUCAACCCGUGGCAGCAGCAGUGUUCCCUUCCCUCUGACCCGUCUAUUGUGACAGCAUGAAGUGAACAGUUGCGUCAUUAGUUUCUCUGUCAAUAUCAGUCAAUAAUAAUAAUGUGUAUGUAGAAAAAAGUAUAUUUGAUCGCAUUCCUUAUCCCCUGUGUAUAAGAAUAGACUGAGAGUGUGUGUCAAAACACAGCCUGAAGGAACAGGAUGUGGACACACGCCCAGUUAGGCAGUCAUGACGAAGCUGCUGCCAUGGGGUGAGCGCCGUUUUGACACGCUGGAAAGGGGUAUAAUUAACUCUGCUACAACCCUGUAUCAGCAGAGGGCAAGUUUACCAAGCCUGACUUGCACUCAUACUUUAUCCCACCUCCAUGGACAGGGACUACACAGCCUGAAGGAAGACCCACUCACUGUCUGCCUGGACCAGACUGAGCCAGGGGAUGGACAGACCUCUUGGUUGUGAUCUGUGUGUUAGCGGCAGUUAGCCACGUCACGUCACCCGCUGUUUGUUUUAGGUUAUCCCAUGAACUGUAAGUGACCCAAAUUGUGAUAAAAAUUAAAAUCUAGGGAUUCA